UAAAUAUAAAAACACUGUGUGCUGCUGGUGCAGAGGGAGCCGACGGCGGGAGACGCCAACACUCAGAGUGAUGAACACUUAUGAAGAAUUUGGGGAAGAGGAGCUCAGUGAUUACAUCAUCCAGCUCAGUAUUCAAGACUCCUGCCAAGAUGCCUUUCUGAGAUCUGCAGCGAGCUUAGAAGCAGCGACGGAUGAAAACUUGAGAGUCCUGGCCGCCAUCGAGCAAGGUGAGGUCUUGGUGCUCAGGGGGAUGCUGGAGCACACCUGCGCCUUCAGGGAGUCGGACAGUCGCGGCUGGCUUCCUCUCCAUCGAGCUGCGUCCCAGCCGGUCCUGGAGGUCCUGCAGACUGUACUCAGAUUGGCAGCUCGGGGACUGAGCCUGGAGGACAGGACGGCGGUGGGAGGAGAGACGCCUUUGACGCUGGCAGUGAAAGCCGGACUGGUGCAGAAUGUGAAGAGUCUGCUGGAGCACGGAGCCUCGCCUCACAACACCAACAGCAAGAACGAGUCGCCGCUGCUGCUCGCGGUGAAGGCCGGCUCUUACGAGAUGACUUACACGCUGGUCGCUCACGACGCCUGGGUGGAGCAGGUUUGCAGGAAGAGGUGGACGGCGAUGCACGAAGCGGCCAAGGUCGGCAACGUGGACAUCCUGAUGCUGCUUCUGAGGAACGGCGGCAGGGUGAACCAGAAGGACGCGACGGGGGUGACGCCGCUCGCCGUGGCUGCAGAGCACGGACACUUCCAUAUCACUGAGAUUCUGCUGAACUGUGGUAGCAGAGUGAACUCUCAGGCCUUCAACGGGGAAAGUGUCCUGAUGGACGCGGCCGGAUCAGGAAACAUCGCCUGCAUUCAGCUGCUGCUGGACAACGGAGCCAACCCCAACCUGCCGAGCGUCACCGGACACCUGCCCAUCCACAAGGCGGCGUACGCCGGACACUAUGACGCUCUGCAGAUGCUGAUUCCUCUGACCACUAAGAAGGCCCUCAAAGAGGCGGGUCAGAGCCCGGUCCACUCCGCGGCGGAGGGAGGUCACUGCCGCUGCCUGAAGCUGCUGUUGGCCUGCGGCUUCGACGUCAACUACCGCAUGAACACGAGGAACUCGGAGAACUACCGGGACAUGAGGAGGAGCGCCUUGUACUUCGCCGUCUCCAACGGGGACGUGGAGUGCACCAGAAUCCUGCUGGCGGCCGGGGCGAAGACCGACCUGGACCCUCUGUGCUGCCUCCUGGUGGCGGUCAGGUCGGGACGCUACGAGAUCGUAAAAAUGCUGCUGGCGGCCAAAGCAGACGUGAACUGUUACUUCACGGUGGUGAGCGACACGGUGUUUCCCACGGCGCUGCAGUACUGCCUGAAGGACGAGGUGAUGAUGCGGCUGCUGCUCAACAACGGCUACAAGGUGGAGAGGUGCUUUCACUGUCACCAUGACAACGCCUCUGAUGCUGCGAAUGAGGGGGAGAGGAAAAUCCCAUUCUGUGAGUUCAUGAGCCUCUGCUGCGUCAUGCACCUGUCCGGGAGCGUGGUCCGGACUCUGCUGGACUACGUCAACCACGUCCACAUCUGCUCCAAACUCAGACUGCUCCUGGAGACACAGGGAGAGUGGCCCGAAAUCUGUGACAUCCUCAACAGCCCUCGCUCCCUCAGACACCUCUGCAGGCUGGAGAUCAGGAGGCGUCUGACCCUGAAAAAACUCAACAACCCUGAAAUCAUGGACUCACACGUUUUUCCUCCCAGACUGAAGAGCUUCAUCCUGUACCAGGAGCUCGACCUCUACAGCCAGGACCCCGAACGCAUCAUGUGACCAUCUGACGAUUUUCUCCGCUUGUUUUGAAAGGAUGUAACUAUUUUUUAAGUCUUUGUAAUCUCUUGUUUUUUUUGAUAAGUACAGCACUGUAUGAAAAGUUCAUGAUAAUAGAUUUUUUAAAACAUUUCAUCAUAUUUACUGCAAGUUAAAUGCCGUGUGUUUCUCUUGUCAACACGACUCAACACGCUGAAUCGCUGUCGACAAGGGACGACAAGUGUCAAUGGUGUGGGACAAACACUGAUGGCUGGAUGUCAUGACUUUAAAUAAAAUGAGUAGCUUUUGUCAGCAUACUUCAUAUUUUGUUUUAAAGCAGUGAUACUCAACUUAUGGCCAACAGACCAAAACUGGCCCCAGUAGGGUGCCGAGUGGCAUCCCAACCAUUUUCUAAUUCACAAUAAAGUGUUUCACACAGCCAGAGUGCAUAAAACAGCAU